GAAGGGGAGGAAGAGGAGGAAGAGGAGGAGGAUCUGAACAGUAGACAGAAACACUCUCUGCCUCUCUCAUCAGACACAAGAGAGGAAGAGAGAGAGAAAAUGGAAAUAAGCAGAAGAACCUGAGAAGCGACCAGGAGGAGCUUUUCUUUCGACUUCCUAACCAGAAGAUGAUCAGAACAUGGAACCCGGUGAUGCUGCUGGUCCUCGGGGUCGUCAUGGUGAUGGUGAUGGAGACCCUGGUGGAUGGAGCGCGGGUGGUGAGCGGUCAGACGGUGUGUUUGGGCGGUCCAGAGCGUCCCUGCUAUAAGAUCGCAUAUUUCCACGACGUGUCGAGCCGCGUUGCGUUCAGGGAGGCUCGCCAGGCCUGCGAGAUGGACGGAGGGUCGUUGCUCAGCAUCGAGAACCCGGCCGAGCAGACAGACAUCGAGAAUCUGCUGCAGGAGCUGCGUUCAGGAGCGGUGGGUGGUGCAGGAGGAGGAGGAGGAGGAGGAGGAGGAAGAGGAGGUAUAGCGGACGGUGAUUUCUGGAUCGGUCUGACUCGGGUGGACGGAGUCGAUCAGAUUCAUCCUGAACUCAGCAACACCUUCACUUCCUGUCCUCAGCUCUACCACUGGACCGACGGCAGUCUGGCGUCCUUCAGGAACUGGUAUUUUGACGAGCCGUCCUGUGGAGGAGAGGCCUGCGUCGUGAUGUACCAUCAACCGACUGCACUUCCUGGUCUGGGCGGGGCUUAUCUCUACCAAUGGAACGACGACCGCUGCAACAUGAAGCAUAACUUCAUCUGCAAAUACGAACCAGAGAGCCAUCUUGUGAAGGAACAGGGUGACACACCUGGAGGGCGUGGCACAGAGGCGACCUCAGGUGGAGGUGUGGUGAAACAGCCUUCAGGCAGUGAGGAGGUUCCCCCUCAGGUGGCCAUGGCUGGAGCUUCAGGCAUGUUACUGGUGUACGUGAUCAUACCCACAAUCCCCCUGCUGCUGCUCAUCCUGGUGGCUUCUGGGACAUGCUGUUUUCAGAUGCUCAGUAGAAGGUAAGACUGAAACUACAGAAACUACAAAUCCCAGCAGCCCCUUCUUCUCCUGCUCCCCAGGUGAAGAAGUCCCUCUUCCGGUUUCCUCCACGGGACCUUAUUUCAGAAACAAGAUAGUCAACGGAGAGAGAGAAAUAAAGAUCUGAUCUGGUCUGAAUCACACGUCUGAUGUCUGCAUGUCCAAGUGUCCCUGAACGAGACACUGAAGCCACGUUGCUCCAUGGAGCUUUACAGCCGAGGGGUCACAGAGGUCACAGAGGUCACAUGGACCUGAAGCUAUACGACCGAUAGAAUCCAGUUUAAAGUUCAGCCUCAGAGACGCACCGAGCUGACGGACAGACGGCGCUUUGUUUCAUGUCCGUAUCAUAACGACAGCUUGUCUGUCCUUCGUCCUCGCUCCUCCUGUUCCUCUUCCUGAAUGAUGAAGACAGACGACCGCCGCCUGCUGAACGUUAGAGGGGAACCCUAGAGGGGAACAUUAGAGGGGAACCUUAGGGGGGAACCCUAGAGGAGAACCCUAGAGGAGAAC